AGUUCACACAGAACUUGGGAAAGAUCCAAGUCCUGUGUUUCCAAACAGGCUGCAUUCAUGACUGCCGAGGUGUUGGUGUUGUAUUUUGCAAAAAGCGCUGAGCUAACAGGGCUUAAAUCUGAGACUGUGAGUUUCCAGUCACAGUUAACCACCCUUCAGCUGUGGCAAGAACUGGAGAAGCGCCAUCCAAAGUUGAGUGCUGUACGUGAGCACGUGGUGCUGGCACUGCGCCAGCAGUACGUGGCUGUUGGUGAUCAACAGGUGAUUCUGCAGGAGGGGGAUGAGGUCGCGGUCAUACCACCACUCAGCGGAGGCUAGAGGGAGCCUCAGCAU